AUGCUCGCCGCAACUUUCAUCCUAGCUCUCAUGAAUGGCAAUUCGCUAACCAGCGCCCUCCCUUUCAAACCAAUUACGCGGAGUAGACAUGGCUUUGACUGGGAUUCGACCCGGAAUCUUAUCGCCUUUGGCGACUCGUAUACAUUCAUCCAAGGAACCCAUGGGUACCCAAACUACAGCUUUAUUGGAGACCAGCUGAACUAUGCAUAUGAUGCACGAACACUCUUAACGGAUAAGAUCGUUCAGAAUCAGACAGGAACCUCAGCCGGCGGCCCCAACUGGGUUGAAUUCCUUACAGGUUGCGGAUUAAAGGAGGGUCUGACCUCGCCAAUAUCCUGCACGAAACAGCUCUGGGACUUUGCGUUUGCGGGGGCGGGGGUUUCAGCUGAACACAUCCCCCUGCACCACCCUUACACCAUUUCCCUCGUUAACCAGAUCAGGCAGUUCACAAUAUACGGGCAUCUAGUCCUUACCUCCAGCUCUCAACACCCCUCACAUAAAGCAACUCUAUCCGCUGCACCCAUUUUAGAUCCAGCCUCAACCCUAACAGCCAUUUGGAUCGGAAUCAAUGACAUCAACGAUAGCGCGAAAAACAGCUCCAUCUCCUCCUUUCCAGACUUCUAUAAUACCCUCCUCCAAACGGCUUUCUCUGGAUUGCAGACUUUAGUAUCAUUAGGGUAUAAAGAUUUUGUAGAUUUUGUCGUCCUCAAUCUACCCCCUUUGGACCGCACACCAGCGAAUCAGGCACGGACACUUCGCAACGAAACAGCCGCGCCAGAUGCAACGCAGGUUGGUUGGUUUAAUUCGGCAAUCACAUCACAAGCCAGACGCUUCGGGAGACGGAAUCCGGAUACGAAUGUUCUUGUCUUUGAUGCGCAUCGCGUUUUGAGUCAUGUCCUCGAUUUCCCAGACCAGUACGGGAUAGUCAACACGACGGAUUUCUGCCCUGGAUAUGACCAACCGGAUAUUGAGACAGAAUAUCAAGCAUAUGGGUGUCCAACAUCCCUGGGGACGUAUUUCUGGUUCAAUUCGGGACAUAUCACGAGUCGGCUCCAUGAAAUUCUGGCAGCACAAUUGAGCAAGACGCUGGAGAGGUGGAGAGGUUAG